CUUCCAGAAAAUCAUUCGCUAUAUAUGCAGCAGCACGCCUGCCGAUCUUCCCCUCUCUCUCUCUCUCUCUCUCGCUGUGAUGUUUCUCAACAACUAAUUCACGCUCGCCCAAUCCUGGGUGUUCCUCCUUUCGCUGUGAUCCUCUCCAGCACCAGAAAGAAACCGACAGGAAGGAAGGAAGGAAGGAAGGAAGAACGAAAGAAAAGGCAGCAGGAAGGAACAGCAUAAUUCUGAUUCUCCAUUUCCUGCCGACGGAUAAGGAGGGGGCGCAGGAUGCCGUUCUGCGAGGUGCGCAACAAUGGCAUUAAGCUCUUCUACCGCACGUACGGCCGCGGACCCGUCAAGGUCCUCCUCAUCAUUGGACUGGCCGGGACCCACGAGUCCUGGGGUCCUCAGAUUAGGGGGCUGGCCGGCACGGACGCGCCCAGCGACGGCGGCGGCGACUCCGGGGCGGCCGCCGUCGACGGCGGAGAUGACAAUGAGAGCGGCGGGGACGGCAGCGGGAUCGAGGUCUGCGCUUUCGAUAACCGCGGGAUGGGGCGGAGCUCCGUUCCCACCAAGAAAUCAUCGUACACAACAAGGAUUAUGGCAAAGGAUGCUAUUGCAAUGAUGGAUCAUUUGGGCUGGAAAGAAGCCCAUGUUUUUGGCCAUUCAAUGGGGGCGAUGAUUGCUUGCAAACUGGCUGCUAUGGUGCCCAGCAGAAUUCUUUCACUAGCUGUACUUAAUGUAACUGGUGGAGGUUUCGAAUGUUUUCCAAAGCUUGACCGAAAAACAGUAUCCAUCGCAUUUCGUUUCUUGAGGGCGAAAACUCCGGAACAGAGGGCAGCCGUGGACUUGGACACUCACUACUCAAAGGAGUAUCUGGAGGAGUAUGUAGGGUCUAACACCCGGAGGGCAAUUCUAUACCAAGAAUAUGUCAAAGCAAUAUCAGCCAAUGGGAUGCAAUCCCCUAAUGGCUUUGAGGGUCAAGUCAAUGCUUGCUGGAGACAUAAAGUGACCCCGACAGAGAUUGAAAUGAUACGUUCUACUGGAUUCCUUGUGUCCGUCAUCCAUGGAAGGCAUGAUGUCAUAGCACAGAUGUAUUAUGCAAGGAGACUUGCAGAGAAGCUUUACCCAUUCGCUAGAAUGGUAGACCUUCAUGGAGGGCAUCUUGUGAGUCAUGAGAAGACUGAAGAGGUCAAUCAAGCUCUUCUUGAGUUGAUCAAGGCAUCCGAAAUGAAGGUCAGCCCAGAGGACUGGACUAACUUGCCCACGAAAAGACCUGGGUGGAUAAGUACAAAAUUCACAUUAGUUAAAAACACCGGAGGAGGAAGCAGUGUCUCUCUCACGUACAGCAUACUAGAGAGGCUACACAUUAUCCUGCUGUACUUCUUCAGCGUGUUUGUGUUGGUAUUUGAAUAUGGAAGAAAAGCCAUACGAAGCCUCAAGCCUGUCAAAGUCGGAGCUUCCCCGACAUAGCGACACUCAGAGAAGCCUCUUUUUCACCGGUUUUUCUGAUCUUUUACCUUAUCGCCAUCACUCUUUAUUUACCAGAGCAGGUGGCUCGGUUGAGCAAACUAUCAUUUUAUGUGACAACAAACGGAAAUUGGGGAGUUAAGAAAAACAAGAGAGGCCAAUUCGUGGGUGGUUAUUUUCAAACGGGAGGACAAGAAGGAACUCAAAAAGUUUUCCGGGUUCCGUCUUCCAUGCGAGUUGAGAUUGAGAAAAUAAUCUUGUAUCUAAGAGACAGAGAGGCUUAAAUUUCCCUCUCUGUAAUACGGAAUGCUUUCUAAUACAUCUGCUCAUUAUUUAAAAUCUUGUGCCUCUGGACUUGAUAUUCCUAGCAUAGCAAGCAAUGCAAUGAAGUUAUCUAAUCACAAUGCAAAAAUUGAGCCCCUCAGGUUAAACGCUGCCCUUCCUAGCUCCGACCAACUGUUAAACCAUAACUAACGCAGAAAAAUACCGUAUCGACUGAGGAAAUAUGUUGACAGAGUGCCAGCGAUGGGACUUCCAGCAGUUCUGGCAUGGAGAUACAAUCAUGAUAACUCAACUUCGAAGACGAUAUAGAAGAGAGACUCUGAAACUGAGAUUUCAUGUAGUUCCUUAAGGCAGAAGAAGGUGAUGAAGAGAUAGAUCAUCAUGCAAAGUUGAUGAAACAAUCAAGCUAUCAGGUGGCUGAUAUUUAUUGCAGCUGAGCUGACCAUGUAAGAAACGAAAGGUAGAAGAUUAAGAGGGGAAACCAUUCAAGGUUUUUGCUUAUGCCGCACGGCGUGCCGUGUCGUGCAAUUUCACCAACCUAAUAACAAGCUAGGCCCUUUCGUUUCGAUAACACGAAAGCUCGGACUUGGGUGUGUCGCAGAUGGACUAAUGAUAUCUCUUAACAUGUCGUGGUCGAGGAAAUCUCGAAACUUUCGAACUAAGCGUUCGUCGAAACGAACAGACAAGGCAGGAACAACCGACUGAUUCGGAUCAACCGUGCAAGCAAAUUCAAACAAGGCAAACCCGAAAAUAGAAGCAGCAGAAAAGAACAAAAGGAAAGAGCGAAUCGUGCGGAUGAAUUAUGUAAACUUAAAAGAGUCGUGAAGACAACGAAUCAUGGGAUCGGGCCAGCUCUCUCUAAGUAAAUUGCAAUUCAGCAGCAGAAAAAAGGAAACGGGGUGUAGAGAAAAGCUCUCAGAGAAGGCAGAAUCCAUACC